GCUGGCCCGGACACCUGCUGCUUGGUUUGUUUACAACCCGCCAAAGGGCACAUUGGCCGAAUUCGUUUAUUCGACCAUAGACACAAACGUAUUCAUUUUAUCUGUAUAACGUGGGCCAGUCACAGUUCACAGUGUAAAGUAAUUUCGGCUGAAAUGUGAAAACGCAAGCGAUCCCGUUUUCAACACACAGGCUCAAUGCUUCCCAGGGGCAACGGAGUAAACUCCAUCCACUGACGAUUGACAUGCUCAAAAUUAUUUUAAUUAUUACACAAAAACUUUACUUAGAAAUCAACAAGCGCAAUAAUUAAUAAUUAGUAUCUUAUGUAAUGAUAAGAAAGAGGGAUCUAUAUUGGCUAAAAGCUUUGCAACGAUUUGUUUCCACUGUGCCACUGUUAUGAGCUUAAAUGGAGAGAAAUUAUAUCCGAUAAAAAAUUAUUCAGGACCUGUCACAUUUAAAUCCCCUCCUAUGAACCCUCCACGCUUGUGCAUGUGCGACUUGUACGUCUCAGUGAAUCUCAAUAAAGCUUUGGCGUUUUGAACCAUCAUGGCGGCCCGCACGGUGCCUGCAGCUGUCGGAUGCUCAAUAAAGUUCUUACUCAGAGAUGCAGUUCUGGCCUCGCGGCAGAUUUGCCGUCUGUCAGCCGGUUGCACGGGGAGAGGUUACACUAGUUGGAGGACAUGUAGUUCGUCUGCCUCAUCCGGCUCCCCUGAGUCUCCGGCAGCAGAUGUUUCUGCCUCGGCUGAAGCCAUUGGACACUACGACCGCCUCGUCCAGUGUGGUUCCCUGAGGAACGACGCUCAGCAGAGACACGUCCUCCAGCAGCUGGCUCAGCUGCAGCACACCCUGAAGAAGUACAGUAACAGCACGUACCUGAGCCCACCUCCUCCAGGACUAGACUCAAAAGAUGGCAGCAGUCAACUCGGGAAAGAUAAUGACCCCUACAUUACUGCAGCUGAAAACAAAGGUGGCGAAUCAGCUGCUAAGGAAGAGCCGACUCCACGACCACCCAAAGGCUUCUAUAUCUACGGAGAUGUUGGCACAGGGAAGACCAUGCUUAUGGAUUUGUUUUACUCCCAUGUGGAAAACACCCUUAAAAAGAGAGUCCACUUCAAUGGCUUCAUGUUGGACAUCCACAAAAGGAUCCAUUGGAGGAAACAAAGCCUGCCAAAGCGAAAGCUAGGAAAGAUGUUCACCUAUGACCCCAUAUCACCGGUUGCCAUGGAGAUCAGCCAUGAAACCUGCCUCUUGUGUUUUGACGAGUUUCAGGUGACUGACAUUGCUGAUGCCAUGAUCCUGAAGCAGCUGUUUGAGACGCUGUUCAAGACCGGAGUGGUGGUGGUGGCCACCUCCAACAGACCCCCUGAUGAUCUGUACAAAAACGGACUUCAGAGGGACACCUUCCUACCUUUCAUCGACAUGCUGAAGGAGUACUGCCACACCAUCUGCCUAGAUGCUGGGAUUGACUACAGGAGGCUGGACAAGGUUGCAUCAGGGAAACUCUACUACCUCACAGGGGAGCCUGGGGCAGAGGCCUCCUUGGAUGCACUGUUUGAGGAGCUGGCUUUAAGACAAAACAGUGUUACAGGUCCUCGGGUGCUCACAGUGCUGGGCAGAGAUUUGACUCUGGAGAAGUCCUGUGGCUGCAUCGCCGACUGUACUUUUGACGAGCUGUGUGGCAGACCUCUGGGUGCCAGUGACUACCUGGAAAUAGCACGACUCUUUGACACGGUAUUUAUCCGCCAUGUUCCAAUGCUGACGCUGGCACUGAAGGACCAGGCCAGACGUUUCACCACCCUCAUAGACAACUUCUAUGACAACAAGGUGAGAGUGGUGCUGCUGGCGACGGCUCCUUUAGACCGGCUGUUUGUCCACUCUGGAGGGGAAGAUGAGAGGGACCGACAGCUGCUGGAUGACCUGGGCCUCAGUGGGGAGGCAGCAGAGCGUCUGACUCUGUUCACAGCUGAGGAGGAGAUCUUUGCCUUCCAGAGGACCGUGUCCAGACUGAUGGAGAUGCAAACUGAGUCAUACUGGAUAAAGGGAGACCGCGGUCACGGCAAGACACACAUGAACACGUAACAGCCAGUUCUGACUGCCAGGAUAAUUAUAUACAGUACCUCCAGACAACACAGUACCUCACUAACUACUGACACUGCGUAAGCAAAAGGUCCUAUUUAGCAGAAAUAGAAAAGAUCAAGUCUUUUUUGGGCAACAGAAGCUAAAUGUUUUGGGGAAUAAGCAGCAGUUUACUCCAAUAUGUCCAGAAAAUGCCUGCUAUCCACAAUAAAUCUAUAACUAUGUAAAUCUGGCUACCUGUUUUCCUUUGGGUCUGACUUCUUUUUAUCCUGUGCAUGUGUGUUAUAUCUUUUUACUGUUUGGUCCUACUCUAUGAGGCAUACUCUCUCCCCAUGGAGGGAGAGAUCAUUUUAAAUAGUAUAGAAAGCUCUCCAAUGUGUGUGAGACCAUAACGGGCUUAUUCCAGGGGCCAAGUGUCCUUCCCAGUAGUUGGCUACCGCCCUCUAGCGGUGAACGUGAAAAGGGUAAAAUAUCCUUAAGCUGUUUCUGUUUUUAUGUAACAAUCCCAGCCUCUGUGCGGUUUGGAAUUAAAUCUCAAAUGUAGGAACAUGGUGUGAAUAAAUCUUAUUAAUGAGAUUAAUCCAUAUUUUUGAUGAUUGAACCCAGAAAUUUGUAUUCAGGGAAAUUUUGAGCCACCUUAAUGUUAAGCUCAGUAGCUGUUAAACUGGCAUUGAUGUACAGUAUUCGAAGUCUGGAUUCUUAUCAAGUAGAACUGGACUCGAUUUUGACUUGGACUUUAUCAGAAUGGUCUGAAUACAGUUGCUAUUCCUAACACUGUACUUUGUUUCUAUUGGAAGAGGAAAUUUGUCUUGCAUUUUACAGGCAACGGCACAGACAACAGCUCAAGUGAGAAAUUCAAUAGAAUAAAACUGUCAAGACCAACAGUUGUGUAGGACAGUUUCAUGAAUCCAGACUUUUAUAGAAGUAGUGACAUGCUGGUGUGUAGCCAAGAUCAACUAUCCUAUUUCAU